AUGAAGAUUCUCAUUACAGGUGCCGGCGGCUUCGUAGGCCAAUUACUCGCGGAGCAUCUCCUCAACGACAACCACACUCUGAUCCUAGCCGACAUCUUCGAGCCUCCUGUCCCAUCGCAAGCCUCCAACAAGCAGAACGCGCAAUGUAUCAAAGCCGAUCUCUACGAAGACCCCAACGUCGUCCUCAGCAAGGACCUGGACGCCAUCUACGUCUUCCACGGCAUCAUGAGCGCAGGCAGCGAGCAGGAUUUCGAUCUCGGCUACCGCGUCAACCUGCAAUCUACCCUUCGCUUGCUGGAAGCAGUCCGCCACACUUGUCCCGGCGUGAGAUGGAUCUACAGCUCCAGCACUGCCAUCUACGGCCAGCCACUACCGGACAUGCCUUCUGAAGCCACCGUGCCAACGCCACAGGGAAGCUAUGGCACGCAGAAAGUCAUGCUCGAGUACGCCAUCAACGACUACAACCGCCGUGGCAUCAUCAAUGCUUUCACCUUCCGCUUCCCAACCAUCUCCGUGCGACCAGGGAAACCGACACAAGCGGCGAGUAGCUGGAUGAGCGGCAUCAUUCGAGAGCCUUUGCAAGGCAAGGAGAGUAUUCUACCAUGCGACGAUGACUUCCCGGCUUGGCUGUGCAGUCCCAAGACUCUGAUCAAGAACCUACAGAUUGCACUUACGUUGCCGAAGGAUUGCAUGCCGCCGCAUAUGCGACAGGUCAAUCUGCCCGGCAUCACGGCAACGGUGAGGGAGAUGCUGCAAGCGCUAAGAGAAGUAGGCGGGGAGGAUGCCGUGAAGUUGGUGAAGAGAGAGAAGCCAAGUCCGGAGAUCAAGGCUAUGCUUGAUAGCUGGCCGAUACGCUUCGAUGUCAGUAAAGCCUUAAGUUUGGGCUUUGUGGCGGAUCAAAGCUUCAAGGGUGCAGUCGAGGAUUUUGCGGCGAGUCUGAAACAGCAGCCGAACGGACAAUAA